AAUUGAUGUCUACUUAAUAAAACAAAACUGUACACCAUGAGUUUAUCCAGAGGAAAUACUAAUAGAACGAGACCGCAAAAACACCAAAACCGGGCAGCUUUCAAGAACGAUUUGCAUGAUACGAGCCACAAAACUAAAUUUAUAAAUUCUUUAGAAAUACGUGGUGUUUGUCAACGAUGCAAAAACAUUCUCGAAUGGAAGAUUAAAUAUAAAAAAUAUAAACCACUUGCAGUGCCUACAAAAUGCACGAGUUGUUUAGAGAAGACUGUAAAACACGCAUAUCACGUUUUGUGCUCCAAAUGUGCUUCUGAAAAAGAAGUUUGCGCAAAAUGUUGUCAAAAUAUAAAUAUAGAAAAACAAGAAGACAAAAAAACUGAUAUUUUGGGUAAAUUAAGUGGUUUGUCAGAAAGAAAGCGUAGAACAGUUCUUAGGUAUCUCAAAAACCAAGAAGAUGGUACUCAGAAAAAAACGCCAGCAUCAAUUAAAACUAUUGAUGAAAUAUUAUCACAGAUGGAUAAAAUGGAUUUGAAAAAUGAUGAUGAUGAUUUUAAGUUUUCUAGUGAUGAAUAUAGUGAUUCUGACAGUGUACUUGGAAAAUAGUCUAGUACCAUUAAAAUAUAUAUAUAAAAACGUAAA